UUAACUGUUUGACUUAUGUUUUUUAUGGUUUCAAUGUUUCAAUUGUAAAAUAACCCAAUUUAUAGGCAAAUAGAAAACCCGAGUCGAGUCAGUUCAACAACAUGAGUCGACAGCUAAAGUUCCAUCUGCAAGCUCCCGACGACGAAGAGUUUCCAGCAGAUCUGGUGGAGAUCAACCUGAACCCUAACUGCGGCCAAGUUAAGCAGAAGUCGGCUCAAGCUCUGGACCAAUUGCUACUGUCCACUCCCCCUCACAGGGGCUAUCCCUACGGCUAUGCUGAGGACUCGGAGCCGGAAACUUACUUUUGUCGGAAGAGCAACUCCACAGGCCAGCUGGCCGAUAAGGUAUCCCCACCACCGCCAACGGCCACCAACAUUAGUUGCCUUCGUCAGAUGUACUGCCCAGAGUGCCAUGAGCGGUUGCAUGAGCAGGGAGUCCGGCUGGAGCGACUCUUGACCAUGUGCUGCUUUGCCCUGCUCCCCAUUUACCCCUGCUGCCCCCGACGGUCCACCAACGAUUGUAAGGUCAUCUGUGGCAAGUGUGGUUACCUCUUGGGGGCAUGGAAACGACAGUGA